ACCGAAAGCUGUACCUGCUUUCCCCCCCUUCUCCAACCCUCACAACGAUCUCCCUCUCUCCCAGGAAGAGAAGGGAAAGGACAAAAAAAAAAGCCACAAGCCCAACGGUACCUGCCUGCACGCCCUCAAGAUGUUUAUGCUCAGAGGUGUGGGCAAGUACAUCUUUGGUGACUCCACGAAACAAGAUAUCAUCCAGCUCGAUCAAGGCCUACUCUAUAUAGUCCGUCCAAACUCGGUUAAGGGCUACAGCGAAUGCAUGUAAGCAGCGUACUAACAGAAUCUGCAUCCUACAGCCGCGAACCCGAUGCUGACCAUUCAUCCAGCUUUAAGGAUGCAGCAGCUACCAUUCGGAGAACCUCGACCCAUUACCAUUACCAGCUUGUUAUCCAGAGAGCUUACGAAGAAGGCGAGGAAGAGCUUGUUGAUGAUGCCGAAGAUGUUGACGAUACAAAGGAUGAGAAAACUUUCCUGUUGGAUGAGAGCCUGCACCUGCGAUCUACAAUCAGGGACGGCCAAGCUGUGUUUGCAUGGAGAGAUCUCAGCGGGGUGAGUUCUCCAAUCUAUUGUUGUUACCCCACAACCCCUCGAUCGACUAACUCGCCGUAAGGACCCCGGUGAUCUUUACGAGUUUAUCUGUGACCCCAGUGCACAACCUAGCUCCGUGCAUAUGUUCGAGCUUGUAGCUAUCCAGUGCCAGUUUGAGAGAAGGUACAAAAGGAGCCAUGAGACGGCUACCGAACAGGAAUUGCAUCAGUUCUCUUUCUCGUGAGUCACCGGGCCCCCUAUCACAUCGAGUGCACCGAGCGAUCGUUGACCUAUGCACCGCAGUGAUGCACCGAUUCCUUCGGCCUCCUCCACCGCCGUUUCUCCUACUGCCCAGGUCAGGAAGGCUCCCGAAACUCCCGCGAGGAGGAGUAGGAAGCAACUGCCCGCCUUGGCGCCCACCGUUGCCCCAAACGCGAUGCCUGCUCCUGAAAUUCAGGAGAUACUUACCCGUGAAACUGCGGAAUUACAUUUGUUCGAUGUAUCCACCGGAACCUUUGUGUUGCAAGAGCAAAAGGUCACUGCGACUGUGAGCGAGGUUGGGCAAUGGCAAUGUAGAUUCCCCUUUAAUGACUUUGAUCGUCGAGUUCUGACACCACUCUGUAGACUGGCUCGACAUCGAAGGCCAAAAUAAAGUCUGGCUUGGUCAGCCCGUGAUCGCCGACAUUAAUCCUGUCUUCAAUUUCGAGUAUCUCUCCUUCAUCUUCAAUCACCACACGGAUGAUGGCUCCUAUUCCUGGCUCCUGCGCUUUAAGGAUAUGGAGACCGAAGAGAACUUUCAGGAAGGUCUAAUGCGUGCCCUUUGGGAACAGCUAAAUGAGCAAAAAUGGAUCAAAGCCAAGGACCAAGAGCGUGAAUAUGUUCUCGAGGCCUUCCAAGAUAUCACCAUGGAAGACGCCCCGGAAGGGGAAGAGGAGGAGGAGGAAUUCGAGGACGUCGAAGAACAUCUUGACAACCAGAGCGAAGAGUAUGACACCGACGAGGAAGAGGACGACACUCACGUCAAGGGAAAACAGAGCGAUGGCAAGGAAAAUAGUCAAUUGGCCGUUGGAUACAAGCACGACAGAAGCUUCGUCGUUAGAGGUAGUAAGAUUGGCGUCUUCAAGCACACCGCCAACAACGAAUUGGAGUUUCAGACCAACAUCAGCAAAGUCCAAACUCCGAAGGGAAAGCUAUUUGAGCCCAAAAAGGUUUGUAAUCUACUUGGGCUUAAAAAAAGAAAACAAAAAGACUCCAAGCUAAUAUGGUUCCUAGGUUAUGCUACAUGGUGAGGAUACCGGUUUGAUCAUGCAAGACGAGAACAAUCCGCAUAGUUUAUACAAGAUGGAUUUGGAAUAUGGAAAGGUGGUUGACGAAUGGAAGGUCCAUGAGGACAUCCCUAUCGACAUCUUUGCUCCUGAGAGUGUAUGUCCUCCCAGAUACCCAAUACUCUAUUGACAAGCUCAAGAUCCGCUGCUAACCAAAACUAUCAGAAAUUUGCUCAAAUGACCAAUGAGCAAACAUUCCUAGGAUUAUCCCACAAUGCCCUUUACCGUGUGGACCCUCGUUUGAGCGGUAAUAAACUUGUUGACUCUGAGCUCAAACAAUAUGUCUCAAAGAAUGACUUUUCCGCUGCGGCAACCACUGAGAAGGGAUAUAUCGCAGUUGCAUCGAGCAAGGGUGAUAUCCGUAUGUUCGAUCGUUUGGGAAUCAACGCGAAAACACAUAUCCCCGCUCUAGGCGAAGCAAUCUUUGGCCUUGACGUUUCCGCCGAUGGCAGAUGGGUUCUCGCAACUUGUAGAACCUACAUUCUACUCAUUGACGCCCUCCAACAGGAAGGCAAGAAUGAAGGAAAGCUCGGCUUCGAGAAGGCUUUCCCCAAGGAUGCAAAGCCUCGUCCUCGGCGCCUCUGUCUCAACCCCUCUCAUGUCGCGCAGAUGCAAGCGGAGACUAGGAAGCCCCUCUCUUUCACUGCUGCCAAGUUUAACACCGGCCUCGACGCUGACGAGACCGCCAUCAUUACUAGCACUGGCCCUUUCAUGGUCACGUGGAAUCUAAAGAGAGUCGUCGCCGGGAAGAGAGAUCCAUACACCCUCAAGAGGUACGCUGAAGAAGUCAAGGCUGAUAACUUUCGUUUUGGCAGCGACAAGAAUGUGAUUGUCGCACUCCCCAACGAAGUCAACAUGGUUGGGCGCCAAUCGUUUAAGAAGCCAACUAGAGAGAGUAUUUCCACUCCGGUUCGACAGUUGAGGAGUCGCGAUAUCAUCGUCAAUAGCCCUUACUAG